AUCUCAAGUCAACUCGCAAACACAGGCCGCAACCAUGUACUCCCGCUAUCGCCCAAAUAAAUGUGGCAAACCUCCUGAAAAUACAAUCAUCGCGCAGUACAAGAACUUCAUCAAGAACUCUCAACGAGACGAAAACGGGAACCGGUUCAUGGAGACUAUCGUUACAAUGCCCCCCGGUACCGAUUGGACUCGCAUCAAUCGUCGGAGGCCAACACUUCGGCCCCGCCCUCCAGAGAUCACCGACAGAGACGGCCGCACAACCGGGGCCCCAUCCCUGCAUGUUCUCACCCGCCGGACAUUGAAUAAGCAUAUCGAGGAGUUCACAGUCGAGAUGCUAAGAGGCAUCCCCUGGGUUAUCAUGAAGCCUGUCUGGGAGGACACUUUGAAUACGUGGGGGCCCCCUAUCUCAUCUUAAUUGUCUUGAAAUGUUAACUGACUUUUCUCUUCCCCUUCACAGUUCGAGAGAUAGCUUUCUCGUGUGGUCUAGAUUCGCAGCCGUCUAUGGGGUAAUUCCUUCUAUCCCUUUGAUUUGUUCGUAAGAAUCAUCUAACAAGAGCGGCACACUAGGAUGAACCUAACUUUGUGUGUCAUUCCGAGACCCAGAGCAGUGGACUAACCGUGGAACGUCUACGGAUUGAAAAACUUGCAUACACAAUUUCCCUUGGGUCCCUAAUAGACCCCAUAUCCAAUAAACAAGGGAUGUGGAUUGUAUACCUGAACCUUCUGUAUAACGGAGGUUACACCAGGGACGAACUCUUAUGCAUACCAGAGAUCCCCAAUCUUGUGGUUCUGAAUUUCCCUUUCACCAGUAACGGGCAGGUUAGCGCCCUUGACGACGGCGUGAUCAGGUCCUGGGCUCGCUCCUCCUCUAGGGACGGGAAGCUCUCUAAGUUGAAGGCACUAAUCCUUAGGAACCACUCGGGGAUUACCAACGAGUCCCUCAAGUACCUCAGCUGGAUCCAAUCCCUGGAAAUAAUCGAGCUGACGGGUACCAAUAUAACCUCCGAUGCUCCCUACUGGGGUGUGCAUUGGGAACACGACAAAUCCCAGCUGUGGGAAGAUCUGACCACGACCCGCGGGGUCAUACACGUCCUCCGCAAGAACCAGACCGGGUCCGAAAAGCUAACCCUUGUCCUGCAAAUCGGGGAUAACGUUACCAGAAGUAGCGAAGAGCAUCGCAACAAUAUCUUUAUUCUCAAGAGGAUCGGGAACUUGGCUGUUGCGCGAGCGAAACGCAGGGGUCGCUCUGCUGACUCCCCGCCUUCCGGCCCACCGUCACCGCCCAGUGGUCAGGCCAAGAAGCGCAAGGGCAUUCGGGAAAGCAAGAGGAAGGACAUGGGAGAUAUGCUCGCAGAGCUUGGGUGCGGGCGGGGCGGCGAGGGGGCACAUGCUUAACUUGCUUGUUCGCUUGCUCGCCAGCCAGGUGGUGAUGAGAAAGAAAAAAUAAUAAUAAUAAUCGCUGAAACAAUAUAAAAAAUUUACAGCAUCCAGUGGUGGGUUUAUCUCCGCCCCGGAUGAAUAAACUAGUGGGUUAGAUUUCGGUUCGGUCGGCAUUAAUCUGGCCUGGAUUCAGUUUGGGCGGUACGUACAAGCUCUCCUUCUAUCAUAGACGGACGGAUACAAGCUGGGGUUUUCCUUCCUUCCUCUUCCCCAUAAGGAGAUAAAUAUAAUAACGGUGAUAACAGUUUUUAGCUUACCGAGAUAACAUCCCUGAAAUGCCCCGCAGUAGGAUGCGGUUGCAGUACGUACACUUGUCAUACCAGCCGACGGAACCUCAUGUUAUCAUAGUAGAGAGCUCUAGUAUACGGUCGACUUUCAAGGAACAUAAUUGCCUCUUGUCUCCUCAUGAUCAUCAUAGUUUACACAUUAGAUCUUUUUUUUCCCUCUAUUUUUACUUCUGUUUAUAUUUCUACAGUUUUCUUUUUUUCUUUUUUCAUUACAGCAACUUUCCGCUAUAACAGCUAGACCGCAGGUAAAUUUAACCUACCGGUAUGAUGGGGAAGCCACCCCAUGCCGAGAAACCUCAUUAAUAGCAAUCUCAAAUCACCGAAUGACACCGGAAAAUCCAAGCCUCACUACUAGUACAGUCGCACGGUGCCCUCCCGCCGGAAGGGAAGGGGAGCAAACCAUAGCUAAUUUACUCGUACCGAGUUCCAAUUUCCCGAUGGCAACACAACGCAACGGAAUAGACCAACGCACGCAACACCCAAAGUUACUCGUACCAUAUAAAGUUGGUCCAUAAGGCUGGAUGCUUGUACCGGUAUUGUACAGUAUCAAAUGGCGCUCGUACUUGCAGCGGUCAAGCCCUUCCCUAACCCACCAACCGGACCAACAAAAACCACCCUACCGUCUCACGUAUGAUAUACACAGUACUCAACCACAUUGCAGGAAUUCUUCAAGCCAUCCCUCCUCCUCCUCCUCCUCUCACCCAGGAUAAAAACGCCAGAAGGUUAGGGCAGGGUGUAUGCCUUAUGAUGUGAAGAGAAAGAAAAAAAAGGGAACAAGACAAAAAUAGCUGAGGGAUGGAGGGAGAUUGAAUGGGUAAAGAUAGCGGUCGGUGUUGAUUUAGCUGUACUGUACUGUGCUUUCUUUACUUUACUACACUUCCCCGACAUGGUAUGGCACCAGAGUUUGGUGACGUUUGUUCCUGAGGAUGGGGUAUUGUUUUAUAAUAUAUUAAUGAUUUCCUGGUCUUUUCUGUUCCCCUCUCCCCUUUUCCCCACUCCUCCCCUUCCACGCUUCCCACUCCUCCGUCCCCCCCAAGCGACAGGUCUCGCAUUAUAUCCCCGACGUUCUUUACUGGCAGUUUGUGUUGAGGGGGGUGUUGAUACUUUCUCUUACUCCCUUUCGUGGCAGAGAGAUAGAUAGUAGUCCAGUGGGCCAACUAUACCGAUCCAGUUUAUUUUGCGGAAAUGUC